CUGUCUUUUCAAUUUUCUCUGCAACUCUCUGUACGGACGGCGGAGAAUCUCUCUGAGGUCAGAUCCGGCGACUUUUCCUCUUCCAUUCCGCCAUUGAAGUAAAACCCAAGUUUCCCAUCAAUAUGUAUCUUUAUAUAGACAUAUGUGUUUUGAGGAGCAAGGUUGGAAUUGAAUGGAGUGAAGAUGAGUUUUGCUACUAGAUAUUCUUCUUCAGUUGCUUCUGUUUUUCCUGUUCAUGAUAUUUUUUGGAAGAGCCGUUGUAGAUUGGAUUUGAAUAAGUUUCAUGGUAAUUUGAUUGGUGGAAGGAGAUUACAUAAUAAUUAUAGUCAAAAGCAUUACUUUUGUGCAAAAGCAGGGAUGGUUGUUCAGAAGUAUCUUCCUCCUUUGUUUAGUGUUGCUCCUAUGAUGGAAUGGACUGAUCAUCACUAUAGAACUCUUGCCCGGCUUGUAUCGAAACACGCAUGGCUCUACACAGAGAUGCUUGCUGCUGAAACCAUUGUUUAUCAGAAGGAUAAUCUGGACAAAUACUUGGGAUUUUCUCCCGAACAACAUCCUAUAGUUCUUCAAAUUGGUGGUAGUAAAUUGGAAAACAUCGCAAAAGCAACUGCACUUGCGAAUCCUUACGGCUAUGAUGAAAUUAAUUUUAAUUGUGGAUGUCCAAGUCCAAAAGUAGCUGGUCACGGGUGCUUUGGUGUUAGUCUUAUGCUUGAUCCAAAGUUUGUUGCUGAAGCAAUGACAGUGAUUGCUGCUAACACAGAUGCCCCUGUCAGUGUUAAAUGUCGAAUAGGCGUUGAUGAUCGCGAUUCAUAUAACGAGCUCUGUGAUUUUAUUUACAAGGUUUCUUCUCAAUCACCAACCAGGCAUUUUAUAAUACAUUCCCGAAAGGCACUUCUUAAUGGCAUCAGCCCAGCUGAAAAUCGAAGUAUACCACCCCUUAAAUAUGAGUAUUUUUAUGGCCUCUUGCGUGACUUUCCAGACCUAAGAUUUACUAUAAACGGGGGCAUAACCGGUGUUGAUGAGGCUAAUGCAGCUUUGACCGCCGGAGCCCAUGGUGUAAUGAUUGGACGGGCUGCAUAUCACAACCCGUGGAAUGUUCUAGGACACGUUGAUACCGCUAUUUAUGGUGUACCGAGCUCCAAUAUUACACGUCGUCAGAUUAUUGAGAAGUAUCAAGUAUAUGGUGACUCUAUUUUGUGGAGAGAUGGACGUAGACCAAGUGUUCGAGAUGUAGUGAAGCCUUUACUUAAUUUUUUCCAUGGCGAACCCGGGAAUACUUUGUGGAAACGCAAAGCGGAUGCUGCUUUCCAUACUUGCACGACCGUCAAGUCAUUUUUCGAGGAAGCCCUAGUACCAAUUCCGGACUUUGUUUUGGAUAAACCGUUAGCCGAGCUGCCUCCACCAGGCCGUGAAGAACUUUUCGCUAAUGUGCCGAGUUUGUUGCCACCCCCUUAUGAAUCUCAGUUAAGGGAAGAAGAAGAGAUGAUGUAUGCUUAGUUUGGAAUCUAAUUAUACUUUGCACAUUCAUAUUAAACAUAGAUAAGUUGUUCAAUAGAUUAUUCAUUGCAUUUUUUGGGACUCAAAGCCUGUUUUGGUCCCCUUCUAUAACAAAACAAAGUUGGAUUUUUUAUUCCUUUCUCCAUGUUUAUUUACAUUAUAUAUUAAUGAAACAUUUUUAAAGUUUUGUAUUCA